GAUCCAGAGAAGACCACCACCAAGCCAGGCCCUGGCGGAGGCCUUGACACAAACGACCUAUACCAGCCCAGGAGCUCAAAGUUCUGGUUGAUCCUAGCGUCCAACUUCCUGGCCAUGUUCCUCGUUGCUCUGGAUCGUACCAUCGUGGCCACUGCGAUCCCGAGAAUCACAGACGACUUUCACUCGCUCGGAGACAUUGGUUGGUAUGGCUCGGCAUACAUGCUGACCACAGCCGCAAGCCAACUUGUGUUUGGCCGGCUCUACAAACACUACAAUAUGAAAUGGGUCUUCUUGAUCGCUAUUGCAAUCUUUGAGGCCGGAUCGGCAAUCUGUGGCGCUGCUCCCACCUCGCCAGUCUUCAUUUUCGGUCGAGCAGUUGCAGGACUUGGCUCGGCGGGGAUCUUUUCAGGCGCGAUGAUGAUCAUGAUUCCUAUGAUUCCAUUGCACAAGAGGCCUAUGUUUCAGAGCAUGUUUGGAAUGGUCUUUGGUAUCUCCUCCGUUCUGGGGCCUCUGGUCGGUGGUGGCUUCACGAACGGGGUCACCUGGAGAUGGUGCUUCUACAUCAAUCUGCCUAUUGGAGGCUUUGCAUUCGUCUUCAUGCUCUUUUUCUGGAACCCGCCGCCUCGCAAGGUAGAGCCUGCUCCCUUUUUCACGCACAUCAAGCGACUCGACCCGCUAGGCGCCUUCUUCUUCGUUCCCAGCAUUGUCUGCUUACUCCUCGCACUGCAGUGGGGCGGCUCAACCUACGCAUGGAACAGCUGGCGCAUUAUCCUCCUGUUCGUCCUGUUCGGCGUCCUGGCCUUUGCCUUCGCCAUCGUGCAAGUCCUGACACCAGAGACCGCCUCCAUCCCCGUCCGGAUCAUCACGCAGCGCAGCGUCAUCUGUGCCACGCUGUUUACCUUUUUCAUCGCGGGAUCCAUGCUGAUCCUGGUCUACUACCUGCCUGUCUGGUUCCAGACGGUCAAGUUGAUCAACCCUCUGAAGUCGGGCAUCUAUACCCUGCCGCUGGUCCUCUCUCUGGUGGCCUCCAGCAUGCUGGGCGGCAUCUUCACGCAAAGGAUCGGCUACUACAUACCAGCGAUGCUCUUCUGCCCUAUGGUCAUGGCCGUCGGCGAGGGCCUCCUAAGCACGCUAACGCGCUCCUCCUUGCAGGCCAGCUGGGUUGGCUUCCAGUUUCUCUCCGGCUUUGGCCUCGGUUUCGGCAUGCAGACGGGCGGCCUGGUCGUGCAGACGGUGCUCCCCAUGUCCGAUGUGCCCAUGGGUAUCGCCCUCAUCUUCUUCGUCCAGCAGCUCGGCGGCGCCGUUGCCACCAGCAUGGGGCAGACCAUCCUCAGCAACCUCCUUGUCUCGCGGCUGGCGGGGAUCCCGGGGAUCGAUCCCGAGCAGAUCGUGAACAACGGCGCCACGGAGCUCACGGCCAUCGUGCCCGCGCAGGACAUUGACACGGUUAUCAGCGUGUACGACUACGCGCUCACGAGGAUCUUCUUAACGGCGAUGGGUAUGGCCCUGGCAGCAUUGUUGGCGGCUGCAGGGGUGGAAUGGAGGUCAAUCAAGGAGGGAAAGCCUGGCCAUAGUGGUCCUGGUGCCGGGGCUCCUCCUCCUACUCCAUCUAGAGCU